AUGGAACACGUGGACCUUGCUGGCCACUUAGCGAAAAUGACCAUCCGGACCUCCUCUACCUCGGCCUUGGUACCACCCCACCCCCCCUCCCCCGUCCUCUCCAAGUCCAUGCGUAAACCACCUAACCCACCACUUGACCAGAUGGGACUCUGCUCGCUUGUGAUUGGCUACUCUGCUCACGCCCGCCUUCUAGCAAAACCAUAA